UAAAAACAAUAUCAAUUUUGAGAUAACGUAAGAAUAAGGAAGAAGCAUGACUCGUUAAGCAUGUACUAAACAAAUGGGCUGGUGUAACUGUGUGAGUGUGAGUAAUCAAUUGGGAAUGCAGCCGACGACACCGCAGAAAGCCAACGGCCAAUAGACUACCGCGACGCAAACUUUAGAGUUGGACAACGACACUGCAUGUCUCGUUGGGAUUGGAUUGGCCUUAAAGAGUGCGUCGUCACUGGCUGUUUUGUGUUGCGUUGUUUAGGGGUAACCAAAUCAAGAGAUCGCUGCUUGAUCGAAUUAUCCUUCUUUGUUACUUGGAGCGGGUCAUGGCAUUGGCGAGUGGAGGCGGAAAUGGCGAUAAGAAUCAGCUGAAGCUGUAUUCGUACUGGAGGAGUUCUUGCUCCCGCCGUGUUCGUAUUGCCCUCAGCUUGAAAGAGCUGAAAUACGAAGACAGAGCAGUUAACAUAUUGAAGGGAGAGCAAUUCAGUCCAGAGUUUAGAAAGGUAAAUCCUCUUGGUUACGUGCCGGUGCUCGUGGAUGGAGAUAUUGUACUUUCCGACUCUUUUGCCAUCAUAAUGUAUUUAGAAGCGAAAUAUCCCCAGCAUCCAUUGUUGCCUCGAGAUCUUCAGAAAAGAGGCAUCAACUACCAGGCUGCCAAUAUUGUUUCCUCAAGCAUACAGCCUCGUCAAAAUCUAACUAUACUGAAGUACAUUGAAGAAAGAGUUGGUCCCAACGAGCAACUUGCUUGGGCUAAACAGCAUAUUGAAAAAGGCUUGGCAGCACUUGAAAAGCUGUUAAAAGACCAUGCUGGUCGAUAUGCAACUGGAGAUGAAGUUUUCCUGGCAGAUUUGUUUCUAGCGCCUCAGCUUGAUGCAGCAAGUAAAAUGUUCAAUGUUGACAUGACCCAAUUCCCUCUUUUAUCCAGGUUGAAUGAGGCAUACAAUGAGAUACCAGCUUUUCAAGAUGCUUUGGCAGAAAAGCAGCCAGAGGCUCCUUCUGCAAGCACUAGUUAAACGAAUUGGUUAAGGAGCAUGAAGUGCCACGUGGUCAAGUUUCAAGAAUUUCACAGGCCAACCAUAAACUCUGUGCUAGUGGCAGUCAAUUACUCACUUCGCCAUAUUGCAAAUUUUAUUGACAUCUCAUAAGAUAGUAUUAUUUUUUUCUUGGGAUGAUGGAAGAUUUCUUAUUAUCAGAAAUCUGCAUUAACAAGAAGUUGAGAUGUAAAUAUUAUGGCUUGGAGACGUACUAGUUGGCUAUAGAGACAGACCGGUGACUUAAGAAGAAGUAUCAAGGGAGCUAUUUUACUUUCCACAACUAUGAAGUAAAUAAUUAGGUUGCACACAUGUAUUUGAGAAAAGAUGUUUUUAAGAGUAGUGAGCCAAACGUUUUGUGCUGUCAGACCCAAACGUGCAAGACAGCAACUACACUUUUUCUUUAUUUAUUUUUUCCUUUGUUACGGUCAGUGCGAUACUGACUUGGGGGCAGUGGCGAAUGGAAUGUAGGCUUUCUCAGCUAAUUUUGAUUAACGUUCUAAUGGCUUAAAGCU